CUGUCGACCUUCCAGGUCUUCUCGCAGCUUUGCCUUCUCGGAUCUGUCAUUGCUCGGGAAAGCAUCGCCAAGAACGCGGAGGUCAUGGAAGCCAAGGCCCUGACUGCCCAGUCCCCAACACUGGUGACCUUCAAGGAUAUACUUGUGAACUUCACCAGGGAGGAAUGGAAGCUCCUGGACGCUGCUCAGCAGAUCAUGUACAAAGACGUGAUGCUGGAGAACUACAAGAAUCUGGUGUCCUUGGGACAUCAGCUUCUCAAGCCAGAUGUGAUCCUCCAGUUGGAGAAGGGGGAAGAGCCAUGGCUGGCGGAGAGAGGGAUUCGCCAAGACACCCGUCCAGAUUGGGACACUGCAGUUGAAAUUAAGUCAAUUCCCACUAAGAGCAUUUCUAAAAAUAAGCAAUCCUGUGACAUUAAAAUGGAAGGAAUGGCAAAGAGUGAUCUCUGGUAUCUCUCAUUAGAAGAAGUGUGGAAAUGUGAAGGCGCGUUGGACAAGUAUCAAGAAAACCAGGAGAGACAUUUGAGGCAAGUGGCAUUCACUCAAAAGAAAGUACUUACUCCAGAGAGAGUCAGUGAAAAUGGUAAAUUUGGGGCAAACUGUCUCCUUCCUGCUCAACUAGUACUGACAGAAUAUUUCCAUAAACAUGACUCACAUGCUAAAAGUUUAAAAGAUGAUUUAGUUUUUAGUGGUCAUCAGGAAAGCUAUGUAAGUAACAAUAGUGAAUGUGGCCAACCCUUCUGUCGGAACAUUCACCUUAUUCAGUUUGCAAGGACUCAAACAGGAGAGAAAUCCUACAAAUGCCCUGAUAGUGGUAACUCUCAUAGUCAUGGCACAUCCCAUGGUAUAUCGAAGGGUAUACAUAGAGAGAAACCCUAUGAAUGUAAGGAAUGUGGAAAAUUUUUCAGCUGGCGUUCUAAUCUUACUAGGCACCGGCUUAUUCAUACUGGAGAAAAACCCUAUGAAUGUAAAGAAUGUGGAAAAUCUUUCAGCCGGAGUUCCCACCUCAUUGGACAUCAGAAGACUCACACUGGUGAGGAACCCUAUGAAUGUAAAGAAUGCGGAAAAUCCUUCAGCUGGUUCUCUCACCUUGUCACCCAUCAGAGAACCCAUACGGGAGACAAACUGUACACGUGUAAUCAGUGUGGGAAAUCUUUUGUUCAUAGCUCCAGGCUUAUUAGGCACCAGAGGACUCAUACUGGUGAGAAACCUUAUGAAUGUUCUGAAUGUGGGAAAUCUUUCAGACAGAGCACACAUCUCAUUCUGCAUCAGCGAACUCACGUUCGAGUGCGGCCCUAUGCGUGCAACGAAUGUGGGAAGUCUUACAGCCAGAGAUCUCACCUUGUUGUGCAUCAUAGAACUCACACUGGACUGAAACCCUUUGAGUGCAAAGACUGUGGAAAGUGCUUCAGUCGAAGUUCUCACCUUUUCUCACACCAGAGAACCCACACUGGAGAGAAACCAUAUGAAUGCCAUGAUUGUGGAAAAUCCUUCAGCCAGAGUUCUGCCCUCAUUGUGCAUCAGAGAAUUCAUACUGGAGAGAAACCAUAUGAAUGUUGUCAGUGUGGGAAAGCCUUCAUUCGGAAGAAUGACCUUAUUAAGCAUCAGAGGAUCCAUACUGGAGCAGAGACCUAUAAAUGUAACCGUUGUGGAAUCCUCUUCAGCCAGACCUCUCCACGUAUAGUCCAUCAAAUUGCUCACACUGGAGAGCAGUUCCUAACGUGUAAUCGGUGUGGGACAGCGCUUGUCAACAACCCAAACCUUAUUAGAUACCAGGCAAAUACAUAUUAGAGUAAAUACUUAUUAAUAUAAUGAUUGUAAAAUUUUGCAUAAAGAACAGUAACUUUAUUUAGCUUUGGAGAACUGGAGAGGAGC